CUGGAGAUGUUUUGGAGAUGUUUUUGUCACAUUUCUGAAUUAUUUUGAGGACCCUUGUAGUUUCUCAGUGCAUUCAAGUGAGCCAUGGACCAAGAAUGAGUUUUCUGCAAUAGACAACGGGCAUCAUCAAGGAGGUGGACGUAGGCCUUGCGGAGGACCCCACAAAUGGCGAAUCUCAUAAAGAAAAAGCUCGUCCAGGAGCUUGCAAGGUUCACAAAGAACCUCCAACCUGAUGCUAUUAAGAUCAGCUCACUGAAGGGAGAGGGCGAACUUGCAUCUUUGGAACUAGACGAAGAGUUCCUCACUGCUAUUCUUCAACUCCCAGCAUGGCUGAAGCUGAGCAAAGUCAUCUGCAGAAACAUCCGAAUCAAAAUCCACUGGACAAAGCUGAAAAGCGAACCUGUUCUGAUUACUAUGAGUGAUGUAGAUGUGUAUGUUGUGACAUGUGAUGAAUACAAACCACGUGAGAGCAUGGAGACCAAGUCAAAUCCACACGAAUAUGGACUUGUUGAUAAGGUGAUUGAUGGUUUGUCGCUAACCGUUAGCAAUGUCACGGUUCAUUUCAAGUCGCCAGGCUUCAAUUCAGACCUGACCAUAUCUGAGGUCAACAUGAAAAGUGUGGAUAAAGACUUCAAUGUGACCAAGCUGGAGAACACCCGUUUGUCGAAGGGCCAGUCGACGACAACUCGCAAGCUGAUAUCGUGGCAAUCCCUGCGCAUUCAGGCUAUCGCUGACAUGUGUGAUGAUGUAGCUGAUGGUCAAAUGUCUGUUGCCCCCAUUCUCUUGAUCACCAACCAGUCAAGCUUACGACUGACGCUCACCAAGAGAAUGACCGAUUGCGUCUUGACUGCGACACGACUGGAGUUGCGCUUUGACACGUUCCUCUGGGUUCUGACCUCUUCACAGCUAUUUGCUGCUGCCAUGUUUGCGCGUACCCUGUCCUUGCUCAUCCAGCGGGUCACACGGCAGAAGCGGGAGAUGGCUGCCAAGAGCUCGGUUAGCUACAAGUAUGGUGGUGGCAACCAACCCGACGCUGCUAGCAAGGAGCUUGCGCAUGGCAUUCAGGCAUCACAUCAUCUUCGCCUGGGCACGUUGGAGCUGCAGCUUUGUGAUGAUCAGGUAUCACGAGCUGAAGGCGGCAACCGUGGUGCAUCCAUGCAGCUCCUGCUACGUGGCUUGGCACUGGACUUCUACCCGAACCGAGCUGCGUGGAGUCAGCGGCAGGAAUGUGCCAUACCGAACGAGUACACAGUUCAGUGUCAGACUUGGAUCACUACACUACUGCAGCGUUACUCCUGGGAAGGACAGGCGCAGAUGGGUCACGCUCCUGACUCGCCACUCAGCCGUACGGCAUCUGGCAAGUAUGUCGUGCACCGUCCAUCUCUGCGGGAGAAUUGGCUAAUUGCAUCGCUGCGUGACAUUAAGAUUGGCUGUGUGUCAACUGGUAGGACAGAACACUUGCCGGAAGCGCUGUUCCAGAGUUCCAAGAAGGAGCUCCACAUUCCUGACAGUCAUCCAGCCUUUCAGCUGGAGUUCAUGUCUUACUUCUAUGAGCCAGCAAUGCCCGACUAUUUUGUACCUUGGCCACAUCUGUAUGGCUGGGUAAACCCAAUGGAAGUGAUCUUUCACGAACCGACCCUGCUGUGGAUGCUCAACCUAUCCAAAACCAUGGCAACACAUGUCAAUGGUUUCUUGCACUCCCUGCCACCAGAGUUAUUCGAAGAGUCCACAGAGGAAGCUGAGAAGGAUAUUCGCCUGGAGUUUAUCAUGCCAAAGGUAACUCUACCAUUGAGCGGUUGUCCCAGUGCUGCAGCAUCAACCGUACUCUAUCCACAUGCACUGCAGUUUCAAGCUUCACGCAUGACUGUCACCAACUGUGGCCACCAUGGUACCAGCAGCACACGCACUGAACUGCAGUUGAAGGCGCAACUCCUACAGUCCAUGUCUUUCUUCUCACCGGAUGGAAAAUUCCCUUAUCGCCCUGGUGACCUGAACUCCUUGCCAUCGUUUGCUGAGGAGACGCCGCAGACGGUCGGUGAAACAUCAACAGAUGCAUCUCAGGCAAGUAGCACUGGGUCUGUACGUCCGCCGCCGCGGGGACAAGCAGCAGCCCCGACUGGAGUAGAAGCAGCACCAUCACCGACGUAUGAGCCAGGUGCGGCACCGGUCAUCUGGCUGAUGAGUGCAGAGAAAUGCUGGCUGGACUUCCUCUACAAGAGCGCAUCUUCUGACAAAGAAAAGAAUGUGCCGUUCGUUGGAGCCCUGCCGCUUGAGCUGUGGGUGUGUGCACUGAACGCUACCGAGGACAAGCCGGGGCGCUUUCAUGCCUUGCUGCAGAGCACAGAGGAGUUGCAAGUGCUACUAGAACGUGCUGAGUUGCUUUGGCUUUUGAGCUUACGGGAUGAGAUCAAGACGCUGCACUCAACUAUACUGGCGAUGUUCCUUGAUCCAACACAGCAACAGACACCGCAGGCCAAAGAGAGCACAGGAACCAGCGCUACCAAGCCAUCAUCACAGCCGGCACAGGAGCAACAUGCCAGUAAAUCAGCUGAUGACAAGCAGGAAGAGGAGCUGAAAGAACAGACGUUUGCUGCCAUAUCGUUACAGAGUGGUAUCCGAGUGUCGUUGCUGCUUCCGAAUCCCGAGUCUCGCCACCGCCUCCUGACACGCUCUUCCAGCUCUACGAGUCUUCUUGGCGGCAACUUCUCAUCAUUGCUACCGUCUGCUAUCUUUGCAGCACCAACACCAUCACCACCUCCUGUUGGCAACUUGCCAUUGGUGCAUGUUCCCGACUACAGCCACAUGGAUGACAAUGUGUCGCUUGGUGCCGUGAGCUUUGACAGUAGCUUAGGAGAUGCCAGCUCUCUUCAAGGUGAACCCAUUGCAUCACCAAGCCAUAUGCUAUCUGACGUUGGGCGGUCGCUAUUGACAACUGGCCUGGCAUCUUCUGCACCACCUUCAUCGACAUCUUCAUCUUCAUCCAAUCUAGCAGCCGGUCGUAACAUGGUCAACAAUGAAGAGUCUCUUAGCAGUGGGAAUGCAUCACGGGUGGAAGGAGAUCACACCAAACCUGGAAAAUCAUCACUUGGUCCUCAGAAGCGAUCGCCCGACACUCUGAGCAGAGGCUCUGUUGGCACCAGUCACCCAAGCAGCUUAGGCCAUGAGGAGCUUGCCUCUUUGUUCCAUGUGUCUGUUACACCGGUGCUUGCCGAUAUUCAAGUUGCCAAUGAAAGCACAACAGUGAUUGUUGCAGCAAGAAAGCCACGCAUUGCAACGCAGUCACUGGUGAGUGCCACCCAGCUGCGCAAGUUUGUCGCCGGUGGUAUCUCCAAGAAUUCGGUGCACGCUGACGACGCUGCAAGCUAUGAAGGGCGAAUACUUGCCCGUGUCUCUCUCGGUAAGUCGGUCACAUCUGAGGCUGCUGAAAUCGGCAUUAUCGAAGACGAGUCUGCAGAUGAAUUGCUGUUUGGACUGCUCUCUGCCGAGGCCCGCGAUGUAAGCCUAACAGUACAUGAGCGCUACUUGGAUUUGCUGGGAGCAUUUUUCAAGCUGCCACCAUCCGAUGGAACAUUACCUAUGCACGUGAAAGCCAUGAAUUGUGACGCAACUGUAGAGAGGCACGCACGUCCCAGUGGCAUUCAACCCGAACCCAAUCGGGUGCGAGUGUCAGAUGCUAUUGUGUCCUGCAUGCCCUCUGGCCAAUGGGUGGUUGGUCACCUCACUCCACCUGCUCACACUGACGAUGCCACUACUGCUAUGGAUAAGACAACACACAGCGGUGAGGAGGCAUCAGGCAGUGAUUCUACUGAAAGCCUUGCUCAGCUCCGCCAGGAGAACCAUCAACUGACACAGAGCCGCAAACUAGCUGGUAGCCAAUUGGCCAAUUGCCGUCUUGCCCUGGAUCAGGCUGCGUUGGAGAGAGAUGCUUUGCUACAGACCAUCCUUCGCCUUCAAGAGGAGAUCACCAAGGCGAACAUUGCACAAGACGAAAUGCACACUGCCCUACGUCAAGCCAGACAUGCUCUGAAGCAGCUCAGAUGACGCUAGUCUCCCUGCGAUCACAUCUGGCGCUGGUCUCUUGUUUAUGUCGUUCUCUACGAGCAGGUAGAGAUGAUGUGAUCAUCUUUUGGUGGACAUUGAACCACGGCCAUGCGUUCUACACCUUCACAUACUGUAUGGCUUAGGUACGCUGCUUGUCACUGUGCAUCCUGGCGAUGGCACUGUGCCUGCUUCAUAGCCUGCUGUAAUAACCUUCUGCAUGAUCGGCCUUGUUUGCCAUCAAGAUAACCUUGUAUGGUCAAGCUAGUCCUCUUAGUGCUUACCAGCUCCCUGCCUGUCCCACUAACCCAGUAUUUUCUCUAAAGACUAUCAAGUUCUCUCUCUCUCUCUCUCUCUCUCUCUCUCUCUCUCUCUCUCUCUCUCUCUCUCUCUCUCUCUCUCUCUUCUCUUCUCUUCUCUUCUCUCACAUAUGUGCUAUCAUACUCGUCUCUACUCUGUUCAGAUAGCUUGACUCAGUCAGCUCACUAGUACUGACGCUAGCUUGACUCAGUCAGUUCACUACUGACGAUAGCUUGACUCAGUCAGCUCACUACUAGUACAGUACUGACGAUAGCUUGACCCAGUCAGCUCACUAGUACUGACGCUAGCUUGACUCAGUCAGCUCACUAGUACUGACGCUAGCCACACCCUAUUAGUACAUUGUUGUAGUUAUGAAAAAAAGUUAUUUUACGAACUCCGUUCAGGAAGGCUAUGUUUUUUUAACCAAUUGUUUACUCCCAAGUGAUUUCUCCCCGUGCGUAUUAUCAAUUUUACCUGCGUAUAUUAUAGCAUUAUAUCAAUUUUGAACAUAUCCUUUCCGUUAUUCACUGGUGUACGGAACACAGGAGUAACUGUGGUUAUUGUAGUACGUGUUGUCUUCUUUAGUUCAUGCGGCCAUGCUUCAAAGUACCGGUUUGCCCUUUCCCUAUCUUAUUAUGUUUCAGCCAAUUUUAUUAUAUUUCUUUCAUGACUGGGCAGGUUGCCAGUACCAGACUCCCGGUUUACCGAGGCCUGUU